AUGGAACCAAGGAACCAAACCAGUGCUUCUGAAUUCAUCCUCCUCGGACUUUCGGAAAAGCCAGACCAUGAGACUAUCCUCUUCGCUCUGUUCCUCUGCAUGUACAUGGUCACAGCUGUGGGGAAUCUGUUGAUCAUCUUGGCCAUCAGCUAUGACUCCCAUCUUCACACUCCUAUGUACUUCUUCCUGGCAAACCUUUCCUUGGUGGAUUUCUGCCUAGCCUCCAACACGGUGCCCAAAAUGCUAGUGGGCAUCCAAACUAGAAGCAAGUCCAUCUCCUAUGCCUGUUGCCUGACCCAGAUGUACUUUUUCCACUUCUUUGGCAUCAUGGACAGUGUUUUAAUUGCUGUGAUGGCUUAUGACCGGUUCGUGGCCAUAUGUCACCCCUUACACUAUACCACCAUCAUGAGCCCACGCCUCUGUGGCUUGCUGGCUGGUGGCCCAUGGACAUUUUCCUGCUUCAUCUCCCUCACCCACAUCCUCCUGAUGGCUCGUCUGGUUUUCUGUGGCAGCAAUGAAAUUCCUCACUACUUCUGUGACCUCACACCCCUUCUCCGACUUUCUUGCACUGACACCACUGUGAACCAGAUCUUUGUGCUCAUAGUGGCAGGAAUGGUAAUAGCCACACCUUUCAUCUGCAUCCUGGCCUCCUAUGCGCGCAUCAUUGUGGCUAUCAUGAAGGUCCCCUCUGCGAAUGGCAGGAAGAAAGCUUUCUCUACAUGCAGCUCCCAUCUCUCCGUGGUAGCCCUCUUCUAUGGGACUACCAUUGGAGUCUAUCUGUGUCCUUCAUCUGUCCGCACAGCUGUGAAGGAGAAGGCUUCUGCUGUAAUGUACACUGCAGUCACCCCCAUGCUGAACCCUUUUAUCUAUAGCCUGAGGAACAAGGACCUGAAGGGGGCUCUGAGGAAGCUAGUCAACAGGAAAAUCAGCUCUUCUUCCUGA